AUGGCAGAUUUAGAGAAAGAACAUGUUGGAGAAUCAUCAACGUGCCAACAAAGAUUAGAAAGGCGAAGUCAAUAUCAGAGACUCGUCGUGGAACAAACUCAACGACUUGAAGCAUUCUCCAAUGCACGUUCACAAUCAAAUGAGAAUCAGCAAAAUAAACUUAGUAGGGAAAUAGGGUUUGAUACUGAGCAGAACGUGGUUCGAUUUCAAAGCAGAAGUACUCCGAUAGAGCACGAAAGCAUAUCAAAUAUCAUUCCAAGUGUUCCUGGAAGGUCUCCUUUGAUGGGUUCAAAUAUGGCACCACCAAAUACUUCUCUCGGAUACCCAUCAAAUUCAUCUUAUGAAAGUUUAUUGAGCCAAAAUAUAAGUGGAUCUCCCACUUCAUAUCAUCCUCCUUUUCAUCAAAAUAAUAAUAAUAUUAGAGCUCAUUCAAUAAGUAAUAAUAGAAUCUCAAUAAUGUCCCCAUCACCACAAGAAAAUUAUGAAUUUCAUCAUAAUAAUAGGGAGAAAUCAAUUAUUUUUGGGAUAGUUAUUGCAGCAUUAAAUGAAAUGGCUGCACUUUUGCAAUUCGAUAUUUCAAUUUCAUUUGAAUCAUCAGUUGGUAAUGCAUGUUUAUUUCAUCGGGAGGAUUAUGAGAAAAUAUUUUCAAAUUCAAAUCAGCCUGGUAAAUCACCGACUACUCGAUUUGAAUCAUCAAAGGUUUCUGGAGUUGUGCCAAUGAAUGCAAUUGAGUUGAUCCAAAAUUUUCUUGAUCCAAUCAAAUGGAUGAACAUGUUCCCAACUAUUGUCACGAAAGCUAGGACUAUUGAAGUACUUGAUUCGGGAGAUUUAGGAGGCUCUAUACAAUUGAUGUAUGAAAAGUUGCAUAUUCUAUCUCCUCUAGUGGAAGCUAGAGAUUAUUACUUUAUACGUUGUUUUAGAAAACUUGAUGAAGCAACAUGGAUUAUGGUCGAUGUUUCAUAUGAUCUAAUCAAAGAGAUCCAAAGUAGUGUACCUUCUCAUGCUUGGAAAUUUCCUUCUGGUUGUGCAAUCCAAGAUUUGGAUAACGGAGAAAGUAGGGUUACUUGGAUUGAACAUGUUCAAGUAGAUGAAAAAAUUCCGGUCCAUCAUAUGUUUUUACCUUUGUUGGUUGUUCAUCAAACGUAUGGAGCUAAAAGAUGGAUUGUAACACUUCAAAGGAUGUGCGAAAGAUAUAAUGUUGAAGUGGGUGCGACAUGUCUUCCUAGACAUGAUCUAAAAGAAGUGCUCAAUGAUCCAGAAGGUCUCGAAAAUGUAAUGCAAAUAUCUCUAAGGAUGGUGAAGAGGUUUUGUGAAAUCCUAAGCAUGACAGACAAAUUAGAUUUUCCAACUUCGUCACAAUUUAAAAGUGAAGAUAGAGUUUCUAUAAGAAAAAAUGAAGAAAUUAAACUACAAAAAGGCUUCAUUGUCACUGCUGCUACUUCCCUAUGGCUUCCUCUUUCAUGCCGAACAGUUUUUAAUUUCCUCAAAGAUAAUAAGUCAAGGAGUCAGUGGGAUGUUUUGGCGGGUGGAAAUAUUGUCACUGAAUUAGCAAGAAUCAAAACAGGAUGUGUUCGAGGAAAUAAUAUUACAAUCAUUCAGCCUUAUGUUCCAGAAGAGAAAAACAUGUUAAUUCUUCAAGAGACCAGCAUUGAUGAAUUGGGAGCAUUUUUAAUCUAUGCACCCAUAGAUUUAUCAACAGUCAAUUCAAUUUUCAAUGGAGGUGAUGUCAAAAAAGUUUCAAUUUUGCCUUCAGGUUUCAUCAUAUGUCCCGAUGGUCGCCAUAACUUGGACACAUACAAUAUUGAAAAUGCACAAAAUGGUUCAAUUUUGACAAUGGCAUUUCAAAUAUUAAUUUGUCAUGCCGACAACAAUUCAAUCUCCCUGAAGCAACAAAAGAGUGCAGUGACUUCUGUUCAUAACCUUUUGAGCUCUACAGUUUUAAAAAUUAGAGCAACAUUAGGUUGCUCUGAUUAA